AUGUCGAUAAGAAAUUCGUCUUUUGCUAGUGUUUUUCUAUUUGUUACAUUCAGAAACAAUCUCUCUAGCCUAGAGUGCUACACUUCUCAAUGAAUCCCUUCUUCCUGUGGUGAUAUACUAGAAAUAGAAUUUCCUUUCCGAUUGAAGUCUGAUCCCGAGCAUUGUGGCAACGAACUUAAUUGCCAGAACAAUCAAACCUUGUAUACUUACAAGUCCAGAAAAUUCUACGUGCAGGAAAUUAACUACUCAAGCUACAUGAUAAGGCUACUUGAUCCUGGCCUAAAAGAUCAGAACGAAAAUUGCUCUGUUUUCCCUGAUUACAGAGCAAACUACGGAGGCAUACAAAUCUUCCAAUUGAUUCAUAAUAACAAUAGCAUCAACUAUGUCAACUGUCGAACUCCUAUCAACUCGUCACAAUACAUUCCAACAACUUUUUGUAGAACAAAUACAACGGCGUCCAACGGCAAUUUUAGCUAUCUUGUAUUGCAAGAAAUAUGGCAAGCUUCGGAUUUAGCAAACGGUUGUAAGGUUGAAACUGUGGCAUGGUCCUCUGCUCCGGGUAUUUUUACACAAUCAUGCUAUAACUCAAAAGUUUUUGUAUUGGUCUAUGGUGGUAUUGGAAUAGGUGCAAUUAUGGUGUUGAGAUUUCUUGUGGGAAUCCCAAUUUUGAUUGCAGUUGUAGUGUGGCAGUGCAAAAGCCGGAAUUUGAACAUAUCGAAUGAUAAUGCCUUGGGGGAUAAAGCUUCUUCCAGUGAACAGAAUUGUUAG